UCAGCUGACGGCGCAAAGCAAAGGAGAAUCGGUGGACCGUUCAGCCAGGAGCGCGCAUGCGCAGUGAGCAAGAUCCGGGCUUGGGGCAGGAUGAAUGCUAAUUUUCAAGAUGGCGGCGGAGGGAGGAGGGAAGGAGAUGAACGAAAUUAAAACUCAGUUCACCACCCGGGAAGGCGUCUAUAAACUCCUCACUCACUCCGAAUACAGCCGCCCAAACAGGGUGCCUUUCAAUUCCCAGGGCUCAAACCCAGUCAAAGUCUCCUUCGUAAACGUCAACGACCAGUCUGGCAACGGCGACAGAAUCUGUUUCAAUGUGGGCCGGGAGCUCUACUUUUAUAUCUACAAAGGCGUCAGAAAGGCUGCUGACCUCAGCAAGCCCAUAGACAAGAGGAUAUACAAAGGAACGCAGCCCACCUGCCACGACUUCAACCACCUGACGGCGACGGCGGAGAGCGUAUCGCUGCUGGUGGGCUUCUCGGCCGGACAGGUGCAACUUAUUGACCCCAUCAAGAAGGAGACCAGCAAGCUGUUCAACGAGGAGAGGCUCAUAGACAAGUCACGGGUCACCUGUGUAAAAUGGGUGCCUGGCUCCGAGGGCCUCUUCCUGGUGGCGCACUCCAGCGGCAGCAUGUACCUCUACAAUGUGGAGCACGCCUGCGGCACGGCGGCCCCCCACUACCAGCUGCUGAAGCAGGGCGAUGGCUACGCUGUGCAUACCUGCAAGAGCAAGUCCACGCGCAACCCGCUGCUGCGCUGGACGGUGGGCGAGGGCGCGCUCAACGAGUUUGCCUUCUCGCCCGACGGGAAGUUCCUGGCCUGCGUGAGCCAGGACGGCUUCCUGCGUGUCUUCAACUUUGACGCCGUCGAGCUACAUGGGACCAUGAAGAGCUACUUCGGGGGCCUGCUAUGCGUGUGCUGGAGUCCCGACGGCAAGUACAUCGUGGCAGGGGGGGAGGAUGACCUGGUCACCGUCUGGUCGUUCCUGGACUGCCGGGUCAUCGCCAGGGGCCAUGGCCACAAGUCCUGGGUAAGCGUGGUGUCGUUUGACCAUUACACCACCAGUGUGGAGGAGAGCGACCACACAGAGUUCAGUGGCAGCGAUGAGGAGUUCCAGGACCAGAUCCACUUUGGCCGAGACCGGGCUAACAGCACGCAGUCGCGGCUCUCCAAGCGGAACUCCACGGACGGACGGCCGGUCAGCGUCACGUACCGGUUCGGCUCGGUGGGCCAGGACACGCAACUGUGCCUCUGGGACCUGACUGAGGAUAUCUUGUUCCCCCACUUGCCGCUGUCCCGGACCAGGACGCACACAAACGUCAUGAACGCCACCAGCCCGCCCCCGACGGGCAGCGGAGGUGGCAGCGGCGGCAGCGCUGUGGGCAACAACCCCGGCACCAACGGCAACAGCGCUCCCUCCGCCAGCAACCCGGUGGCGGGCUCGUUGUCCGCCACGCUGCCGCGUUCCAACAGCCUCCCGCACUCGGCGGCCGGUGGGGCCAACAGCAAAGGGGGAGGGGGGAGCACGGACAAUGCCGUGGCCUCAGGCGUCAGCAAGUUUGCCACACUAUCGUUGCACGACCGCAAGGAGCGACACCACGAGAAGGAUCACAAGAGGAACCACAGCAUGGGGCACAUCAGCAGCAAGAGCAGCGACAAGCUCAACCUGCUGACCAAAACCAAAGCGGACCCCGCAAAGACCCUGGGCACCACACUGUGUCCCCGCAUGGAGGACGUGCCCCUCUUAGAGCCUCUCAUCUGUAAAAAGAUAGCACACGAAAGACUCACGGUCUUGAUAUUCCUCGAGGACUGUAUUGUCACAGCUUGUCAGGAGGGAUUUAUUUGCACAUGGGCGCGGCCCGGCAAGGUGGGUUUAUUGUCGUCCCAAAACCAAGCCAACUCUCCCAGCGGGACGGUAGUAUAGCCACCAUAUUUGUGCUGCUAAGAGACCUUCAUCACCGAGAUGUACUGUCGCCGGAGCCUGGCGCUGUCUUUACCUGCACAGCACUGCAAGCUCCGGGGGUUCCCCUCCCGCCGUGUCAGAGCCCGCAAACCAAUGGAGAAGGUUGAAGGGCAGGUCUGGGUCAUGGUUCUGGACACUUUAUUUAUUUUUACUUUUUAUGUUUUGUUUUUUUUUAACCCCCCCAGUUACUUCAGUUCCUUACCUUCUGUCACACUUCCAUUCUGUAGUGUUUUUUUUGUCCACUGAUUUUUGCUUCCCCCGACUCAUGAGUACUCAGCUGAUAGUGAUAGAGAGAGUGAGAUAAGAAAGCACCCCCCCCCCCUCCUGCCCCCAUCCCCAAAUUAGAUUCUCACAGGUUGGAUAUUUUGCACUGAUUUUUGUCUUUGUUUUCUGAAUACUAUACCGGAACAAAACCGCUACGUGACGCCAUGAUGGCGGCCCGGUCCAGCCCGGCCCGGAUGCAUUUCGGCUCAUGGCGAGUCGUCAGCUUCAGGCUUGAACCUUUGAAUCUGAAAGUUGGAUGCUGCAAUCAUAGUUUUUUAAAAAGAGAAAAAAAAAAGAAAAAUGUUUGCACUUAAUAGUUUGUUUAGAAGAGAAUGGCUUUACAAUUUUUGGGGUGUGCAAGGACUCCCAGACAGUUAUAAGGUGGAGAAAAUGUUAAAUGAUUAAAACCUUUGUAUCUAUUGAGCAUUUAUUUUAAUAUUGUUUCAGAUUAAAAUCUGCUCUGUAUUAUAUGUAUAAUAUUGUAAUUCAGUGAUUGAUGGGGCAAAACAAAUGAUCAUUACACUAGUGGAAUUUGUCUUCAUUAAAGGAAAAUAGUGAUAUUUCUAAUGCAGAAUAAUAUACAUAUUAAUAUUAAAGAGAUCUUGAAUAUACAGGUUUUGUUUCUUUUCUGUUGUACAAAUAGAUCAUUCAGAUGUAUUUUUCUUAAUUAAAUGUUUGGUAUAGGAGAUCCCUUUAUAUCAGAAGCACUAAUCCUCAAGAAGCUCUAAUGUUCCAGAUUCAUCAGAUGUACGUCAGUGGGGCAGAGGAACAGCGAGAACCUGCAUUUCGAAGCUCAGGAAGUCCAAGGCAGGCCGAAAGCAUCCAGGCAUUCUUAUUUAGCUUAACAUCAGCAAUGCUGUUCUGUGUAACGUGAGGUAGUAUUAUUAAUAUUCACUAGAAGCCGCUAGGUCCAUGGUUCCGCUUUAGGGGCGCUGUCCGUGUGACACUAUUAAAACCUUUUUAAUGUA